AUGACGACGGACAAUAUCUAUGAAAAUGCUGAUGCUAUAAGAGGUGAAAUCACAGAAGACACAGGACACUCGAGAACAACGAGACUACAGCCACCUGAACUUACAGGAAGUGGUUGUGUGAGGAUUAGAUGCUCCAGAGCAGCUGCAGUGUGUUUGGUGCUGCUGUGUGUUCUUCUGCUGACUGCAGCCAUAGUGCGGUGUGUCAUGUUCACUCAAGAGAGAAAGCAGCUCAUUCAAGAGAGAGACCAGCUACUAAUCAAGAUUACCAACUUCACAGAAGAGAAAGACCAUGUUCUGUUCAAGUUUACCAAUAUCACAAAAGAGAAAGAUCAGCUUCUGACCAAGAUUACCAGCAUCACAGAAGAGAGAGACCAGCUUCUGACCAAGAUUACUAACCUCACAGAGGAAAAUGAUCAGCAACUAUCCAAGAUUACCAGCAUCACAGAAGAGAGAGACCAUCUUCUGACCAAGAUUACUAACCUCACAGAGGAAAAUGAUCAGCAACUAUCCAAGAUUAGCAGCAUCACAGAAGAGAAAGACCAGCUUCUGACCAAGAUUAGCAGCAUCACAGAAGAGAAAGACCAGCUUCUGACCAAGAUUAGCAGCAUCACAGAAGAGAAAGACCAGCUUCUGACCAAGAUUAGCAGCAUCACAGAAGAGAAAGACCAGCUUCUGACCAAGAUUGCCAACCUCACAGAGGAAAAUGAACAGCAACUAUCUAAGAUUACCAGCAUCACAGAAGAGAAAGACCAGCUUCUGACCAAGAUUACCAGCAUCACAGAAGAGAGAGACCAGCUUCUGACCAAGAUUACUAACCUCACAGAGGAAAAUGAUCAGCAACUAUCCAAGAUUACCAGCAUCACAGAAGAGAGAGACCAUCUUCUGACCAAGAUUGCCAACCUCACAGAGGAAAAUGAUCAGCAACUAUCCAAGAUUACCAGCAUCAGAGAAGAGAAAGACCAGCUUCUGACCAAGAUUACCAACCAAACAGAAGAGAGAAUCCAGCUAAUAAUUGAACUCCUGAGUGUUAGGAAUAAUGAGCUAAUAGUUAAACUGGUUGUGUUAACAGACGGAUGGAUUUACAAUCAAUCCAGUCUUUACUUCAUUUCCUCUGAGAAGAAGAACUGGAUUGAAAGCAGAAGAUACUGUACAGAGAGAGGAGCAGAUCUGAUCAUCGUAAACAACAGAAAGGAACAAGUGCGGGUCAAAACCCAUCUGUCAAGACGCUUGUCCACUUGCUGUCCGCCCCAUCAGCCCAACGAUUGUGCUGGAGAACCACAAGUCACAGAAAAAGAGAAUGUCAUAAUCAACUGGAACAGCAUGAGGUAUCGUUCACAGCAUGUUGUUAAGAACAUGAUAGCAUCUGGAAUGAUCCAUGUUAGUUAUUAUGGUUUCUGGAUUGGUCUGACUGACAGUGAUGUGGAGGGUAGAUGGAAAUGGGUUGAUGGCACCAACAUGACCUAUGAGUUCUGGUGGUCUGGACAGCCUGAUAAUUACAAUGAUGAAGACUGUGCUAUGACUUCUUCAGCAGGAUGGAAUGAUUAUCCAUGUAGUGGAGUAUUAGGAUGGAUCUGUGAGAAGAUUGUUUUUAAAUGACACAUUUCAAUAAAUA